ACCGGCGUGCGAGCGGUGGCCCAGCCCUUUGGAUCUUUCUGGCGCUGGGUGGAGUAGCCCCUGGCGGUACCAACGCGGAGGGCGUGCUCAGUAGCCGCCGCUUCCCUUGGCUCCACCUGCUGGAUACCACCCGGUGAGGGCCGCGAACUCGCAAGUAGAGCGGGGAGGGCGGGCUUCAGGAGGAGGAGCCGGGGGGCACGGCCGCAGGACGCCCGCCCUCCGGGAGUGGCCACUAACUUGACCCAGCUGGCGUUCACGAGACGGCGGAGUCGCUGUCCCUGCAGCCCCGCCACGCUGCGCCCUUUCAGGCUGCCGCUCCCACCCUGACGCCACGCAGCGCCCUUUCAGGCUGCAGCUCCUACCCUGACGCCAGCGCCUUGCCCGGAGCAGCUCCUGACCCGGGAGCCCCGGCUGCGGCCAGGGGCAUGAGGCUCGCCGAGCACCCACGCCGAGGCCGUGCAGACCCGCGAUGGCUGCACAGCUACGCCGCCCCUGUGUAGGGUGAACACAAGACCCGAGGAGUGCUGAAAGGGGCCAGUGGUUGUCAGAGCGGCCCGAGAGGAAGCCUGGUCACCGCUGCCGUCAACAACCCUGCGCUGUUUCCCAAAGAUGCUGUGGACGUCGUCUUAAUUAACACCGCUCGCCUUCAGUCCGCCAAAGCUUUUCAUCAUGGGCUGCAUGAAGUCCAAGGAAGCGUUCCCCUUUCCAACCACAUUAGACAUCCACAAGCUACAUGAGAGCGAAAUAGCUUUCAUGCCCGAUGACAGCUGUCAGACCAGGACCCCUUCUCCAGUUAGACCCCAAGUCCAAGAGGAAGUGAAGACACUCCCGGAGCCCAGUCCCGUGGUCCUCGAGUUCGCAGAGCGUCUGGCCAAUGAGAUCGUGCAGGAUGCGUUGCAGCAGUGGGUGUGCGAGAACAUCAAGUACUACAACAUCCCCUACAUCGAGAGCGAGGGCUCGGACACGGCCAUUGCCACCGGCUGACGGCGUUCCGCUAGGCUCUGGCUGCGGUUGGUGCUAGUUUAAAUACACGAGACAAGUUUCAAAACCCCACCUGGAUGUGUCUAUGAUAUUAGGGUAGCGACGCUUACGAUGACAUACAGUUUUAGGCAGUUCUAUGUUAACAUCGAUGUAUAGCUGCUCCAUCUUGAAUUUGGGUCACAGGAAGGAGGGGCAGAGGCCUUGUGGCACCUAGCAACCAGCUGAGCUGUCUGCCCAAGCAUGUUCUCCCUGAGGCAGUGAUGGCAUAUCACCAAAGAAAACACUGAAUAAAAAGUGCCCAAGUUUCAAAUGGUUAUUUUAAGGGAUUGACUUUAAAAUGACUAUUUCUGUUAAUAUAUACCAAAAAAAUAAAAAAAAAAAAAAAGCCCAGACCAGGAAAAGGGGUUUCCUUAAAAUGGCUUGAAAAGAACUGAACUCCAGCCAAAGUGGCCCACAGCCUGUCUGCAGGCCAGGGACUGCCCACUUCCUGACACCGUAACUUAAAAUCAGAGAGCCAGCAGGAAACGGGGCUGCCUCGGAUGCUCUUACUAGGAAGUUCAUUUAUAGGUGAGAAGGAUAACUGCUGCCCUGGGCCUCAGGGCCAUCCCACUGCUUUGCCUGGAUGAUUUAAACAUUGCCCAUUACAGCCAUCUUUAAAGGAUAAUUUAUAGGAGCCAUGACAUUAGUUUACGGGAUUGAAUUAAGAAGCCCUUUGACACCUUUAAUCCAAUAUGUCUUAAUGACAGAAGUCCAGUCUGCAAGGUGACAAGCCAAGCCCAGUGUCAUGGCUAAGCGUGGGUAAAGCCUCCUGCAGUGCUGGGGUGGGUGCAGAGCCAGCAUAGAGGAGGUUGUAAUUCUCCUCCACUAGACAGCAGAACAGAACGCUCCUCCCCAAGGGAGCACCUAUGUGGGAUUUAGCAGUCACAGGGUGCUCUUAGCCACAGAUUAUAGAAAUGUUAUAAAUUAAGCAUUUAUAGUAUAUACAUUAGUAUAUACUGUUUUAUUUAUUUAAAGAACUAUAUAAAGCUCAACAGUAACAGAAGACAUUGGGCAAAGCCAGUGGAAGAACGGAGCCGACUGUCCAGGAUUGUCACCAAGCUGUGCUAGACACCAGGUCUAACUAGAGAGAGAAACAGCCCACCCACACCAGCCCUUCAGCUAUAUGGUUUAUCAGCGUCCUUGAAACCCAAAACCACUGGAGAAAGGCUUUUGGUAUCGCUAAUGAGAUAAAUAGGUACUUGGCUUUGCCAAUAACAAGAAACGUUGCCUCUAGUUUUCAUAAUGUGCUGAAAUCCAAGCCAAAUAGAGUGAAUUCUCCAAGUUUUAGGAGCAGAGAGGCUGUUAAAAUGAGCUGUUUUUCAGUUUGCUUUCAGAUACCUGGCCACUCCGCUAAUUUUACUAAGCCAUGGGAAGCAUAGUACCCCGCUACACCUGCAAUCCAGUAGCUCACAGAACUACAGCAACCCCUCCUGUGCCUGGCUCUGCACAGACGUCCCUCCCAGAAGUACAGGCUCCAGUUUGCAGAGCAGCACAGCUUCCAGCAUCUGUGCUGAUGACUCGGGUCACCCGGUUCUCACUCAUCUGGUUUCUCCUAUGAGGUCACCUGGUGCAAGGUUUCUUGUUAUUCAAAAUAUACAAUUAAGUAUAUAAAGUAUGUAUGCUGGUCAUAACAAGAAGACAUGUACACAGAGAUAACAGCAAGUGGGUUGGGGUUACACGUGAGUAUUUCAACUUCUCGUUUCUUCCUUGUUGACCCCCAACCCCCAGGGUGGAGCAAAGGUGUCUGCCAGGUCUGCAUCUAGCUAGAGGUCUGCUCCCAGCUGCCACCCCCUUUCAGCAAGUAUGAACGGUUUGAGCGUGAAGUAAGCACUGUGCCCUCACCUAGUCAGGCUUUAACGAUAUAGAAUAUAUGAGAAUUGCACAUCCGCCCAUGAACAAGGAACCACAAGGCUUACCUAGUAGGUGGAUAAACCAUGUGUGACGAAGGAGUUGAGCAAACUUUAUACCACACUGGAUAGUUGUCAGGACAGAGUUUGCAUUUAGCGAGACACCGUUGAUAAGAAAUCAGCCUCCUUUCACGCCUUCGCAUUAAACAUCUGAUCCUCAUUUGAAAUCUUUCAUUAAGGAGAGAUGAGCGAGAAGGGAGGCCCAUAAGCAGACGGCGGACUCCUUCGGUACUGGACUCAUAGCACGGUGCUCAUAGCAUCCGUGUACGGGCGGAGGGAUGCUAUCAGCACACGGUCUCCCAGAGGCAACCGUGGAGGGAGAUCAGUGGAGGAAAUCAACGUGCCAAUCCUUAUGUACCAAGACUCUAAAUGCCACAAUGCGCUUUGCUGUAGUCUCUGGUACCGUCACCUUUUGGUCACGGGCCUUCGAUCUAGAACUCUCCCAUCUUAGCUGCCUUAUCAGUUCUUUGCAAACUACCUACACCUGUUAUCACUUAAAGCACAAUUUUCAAGAGGACACACAGGAUUGUCUUAAGCCCAAAGGACUUUGUAUCAAAUGUCCCCUAGGCAUUAAAAUAAAUGCACAGAAACGGGAAGCUAUGCACGUCCUGCUCUGUCCCCACUGGCCCUGUGGGAGGGGACAGAGUACACGUCUACACUUUAUUACUUUAGAAAUCAGAAGCUAUAAAUGGACACAUGAUGUCAAGAAACAGUAAUGUGUAUGUCGGUCUAUACACAUGUAGUAUCUGUGUGAAAUGACGCAGCCAGCCAUGGGUUUCCCCGCGGAGCCGGAAGCGCUAGCUCUAAAGAAUUCGCUGUCACUUUAUCUACGAAACUCAUUUUGUUAGCAAAGUCCCAUCUGUAGGAGUUAACUCGGAAGUGCUAUAUUUUCCCAAAAAAAAUUUGUGAAAAUGUUUUUUUUUUUUUGCAAGUAUAAUAAAAGUCCACUU